AUUCGAAAAGUUAACUGGGCAAGAGUUUGGGACAAGUUUUGGAGUCUCCCACUAUUUUGAAAGCUGACGGGAGGGGGAGGAAAACAAAGUUAGGUGGAGGCGGAAAGCAGAACUGAGAGUGACCAACUGGAAAGGUUCAGUGAAAUAAAGCAGAGACCAGACCGAGCGUGAUUCCUGAUUGUUUUUGCAAUUUGGAGUCUGGAGAGAGGGAUUUAAAAGCAGGCUGCAGGAGCCAAUGGCGUCUGAGGAGAAACAGUAUUUGGCAGCUGCUGAAUGCACUCAGACUGAGGAUGGGAGUGAAGCUGCGAGAGCUGGGGUUCUAGCCUCCCGGGAGGAGGAGUUGCACAAAGCACAACUUAGUGCUAAGGCCAAGAGGAAGCUGAGGAAGAACUCGUCACGUGACUCUGACUCCAGCCAUGAGUCCUUCUCCGACAGUAUCGAGGCCCCUGGCACUAAAGGCAAAAUGGGAGACAAGAAAUCUCGGUCCGGGAAAGGCCGGGGGCUUCCGAAGAAAGGAGGUGCUGGCGGUAAAGGUGUCUGGGGUGCUGCAGUUCAGGUGUACGAUGUGGAGCAGCCGGACAUCCAUGAUCCCAACUAUGAUGAUGAUAAACAGGGUGAGACUGUUUACCAAACAGUUGUUCCUGAACUGGAUGACCAUGAGUUUGAAAAAGCAGUGACUCCAAUUAUCCAGGAAUACUUUCAACAUGGUGACACAAAAGAGGUUGCUACCCUCCUGGCCCAGUUGAACCUUGGCAGUAAGAGGAGCAAGCUCCCGUUCCUGUGUGUCAGCAUGGCGCUGGAGGGCAAGGCAAGCCACCGGGAGCUGAUCUCUCGCCUCCUGGCCGACCUGACGGGCAAGCGGAUGUCGGUCGAAGACGUGGCCUCCGCUUUUGACCAGCUGCUGGGUGACCUGCCAGACCUGGUCCUCGACACACCUGAGGCUCCGCAGAUGUUGGGCCAGUUUAUAGCUCGUGCCAUGGCUGACCAUGUCUUACCCACCGGUUUCCUGGACAGCUACAAGGGGAAGGUUGACUGUGAGCAGGCUCGCGUGUCACUGGACAAGGCCACGGUGCUGCUCAGCAUGAACCGAGGAGUACGGUUGGACAAUGUCUGGGGGGUUGGAGGUGGCCUGAGACCUGUCAAGCAGCUUGUUAAGGAGAUGACCCUGUUACUGAAGGAAUAUCUGCUGUCUACAGACUGUGCUGAAGCCGAGCUCUGUCUGCAGAACCUGGAGGUUCCCCACUUUCACCACGAGCUCGUCUAUGAGGCUGUAGUGAUGGUUCUUGAGUCCACCAGCAGCAAUGUCUCUGACCUGAUCGUAAAACUCUUGAAGUGUUUCUGGGAGUCUGGCUUUGUAACCCUUGACCAAAUGAACCGGGGAUUCAAGCGGGUGUUUACUGCUAUGCCAGACAUCAGUCUCGAUGCACCAAACUCUUACAGCACUCUGAAAAGUUUUGUGAACCAUUGUCACCAACAAGGGGUCAUCACCAAAGCACUCCAGGAUCAGUGCCCAACACGAGAAGCCAAGCCCGCUGUGAAUGAGGACGGGAGUAACUGUGUCAUUCAGGUUGACCAGUAAGAGGCACCUAGACGUCGCUAUGGGUGCACCUCAGCAAAGUGUAGGCUAUCUAUAUCUGAGGUGCAGCAAGAGUCGCAUCUGGGUUCCACGGAAUAAAAAGAAAAGGCAAAGAAAUGAGCGGGCAGAAAGAUUCCAGUUAAUUGGGAUGCCUUCCUUUCAUUGUUUUAAUAAUGGCAAACCUGCUAAAAAUGUGCUUCUGAACUUGGCUGUGCUGAUCUGAGGACAGGUCUUGGGCAGUCGAUACUCAAGGGCACAAUAUAGAACCGAGGUCAGUGGAAUGUGAGACGUCGAAGUGUUUCCCAUCAGGAAUGAGCGUCAUGUCAAAUUAGACCUUAUUUUAAGGAUUUUGUUUUAUUUUGAGCAUGUUGCCAUAUACAAAGGUCAACUGUGUAAUUGCAGUUUGGGGCAUUUUAUAAUCUUUUAUGACCUCUUGACAAUAAAGUGUUACAUUUCA